AUGAAGAGCUUCGCCAUCGCCGCUGCUCUUGUCAGCGCGGCGCUCGCCCAGACACUCUCCAGCCUGCCACAAUGCGGUCAAGUCUGUUUCGGUAACAUGCUCGCCCAAGCUGCUAACCUCGGCUGCCCCGAUGUCAACGGAUCGCCCGACGUCCUUUGUCUUUGCAGGAACGCCGAUUUCAGCUAUGGCCUCCAUGACUGCUCCUCUGAAGCCUGCCCGGUGGGUACCGACAUCUCACCGAUUCUUACGUAUGGGCAGAACUACUGCAGCUCUGCUGCUGCUUCCGCAUCCAGCGCCGGUAGCUCCGUUGGGCCUCUCUCGGGAACCUCUGCCUUGACCGUUGGUGGUGCGACCGCGACUGGCGCUAGUGGUGCCACUGCUACUGGCACUGGUGCUUCUGCUGGAAGUGCUUCUGGCUCUGGUCCCUCGGGGACUGGCUCUGGUGCUGGCUCUGGUGCUGGCUCUGGUGCUUCUUCCACUCCAAUUUCUACCGAGACGCUCUUUUCGACUCUUACUUCCGAUGGCAGCGUUAUCACCACCGCUGUCGGCACAUCCACCAUCUUUAGUGCGGUUGGUGCGGGUCCGGGUGGCAGUGGUGGUGGCUCUUCGACUCCCAUCUCGACUGAGACUCUGUUCUCCACGGGCACAAACAGUGCAGGCAGCACAUUCACCACUGCCGUGGGCACAUCCACCCUCUUUAGCGCACUUGGAACUGGGGUCAGUAACAUCGUCCCGUGA